UUUUUUUUUUCUUUUUUUGCGGGAAAGAUAUAAGCCGUUUCAGAACCGCAUAUAUGCUAACCUUGUGAAGGCAUCCAUUUCAGAUCCUCUACAUGGCAGCAGCACAGCAUGUCAGCAUUUGCUAGAUAAAUAUGUAUCCCUUGAAAAGUAUAUACUCCAUAUAAAAACCCUCCUGAUGGAACAUGGGCGCAUAUUUUGACCAAGUUUGCGGUUCUAAGCUUGCAACCUCUACUAUAUAUGAUAAGAUGAAGAGAAUACUAUUCUAUGCUAUCAGUCAACCAGGGAGGCACAUCAGUUGAGGUGAAGACAGAGACAUAUUUUGGCAAUAAGAGGGAAACCGGCCGGCCAGAAGAAGAGCAGCAUACAUGGUGGCCGCCGUGAAGGUGUACGGGGCGGCCAGGUGAUGGAACAUAGCCAGGGUGCUCUUGAGCCUGGAGGAGGCGAGCGUCGAGUACGAGGUUGUCGCAGUCGACUUCGCCGCCGCCGAGCACAAGAGCCCCGCCCACCUUGCCAGGAACCUACUCUACACUCUCCGGCUCUUAGCUAAAUUUCAAUCCGGUGCCAGUCAAAUUUCCAUCCUUAGUAACAUGUAAGAUCAGUUAGUAACGCAACGAUCAUCGGGAUUGAAGGGAUCGACCGGAUAAAAAAUCUGAAUGGCGGCAGACUGAAAAAUCAUCUAGCUGGAAGAUCGCAAGGGUGUUGUUUUUCUUUUAACGUUGAUGUUGCUGAUUAGCUGCUAAGUGGUACAUGUGUUUGUGGUUUUUUCUCUUUUCACAGCCAUUCGGUCAGGUGCCAGUCUUGGAGGAUGGUGAUUUCUGCCUCUGGGAGGCGCGCGAUCACGAAAUAUGUAUGCCGCAAAUACAAGCCCGAGUUUCUCAGGGUCGGCAACCAGGAGCUGGAGGGAUCAGCAAUGGUGGACAUGUGGAUGGAGGUGCAGGCUCACCAUUACAGCCCUAUAAUGGAUGCUAUCCUCAUGGAGGUCAGGAUCCGGCCGAUCUUUGGGCAAAGAGUAGACGAGAGCGCCGUGGAGGGCAACAUCGAGAAGCUAAAGAAGGUGCUGGAGGUGUACCAGUCGAGGCUGUCGAGCUCCAGGUACCUGGCUGGUGAUUUCAUCAGCCUCGCGGACCUCAACCAUGUGUCCACCAUGUUGUGCCUAGGGGUCACUACAUACAGGUCAGUUCUCGACGCGUACCCACGUGUGAGGGCAUGGUGGGAUGGCCUGAGGGCCAGGCCGGCGGUGAGGAAGGUGUCUGGUCUAAUGAAUCCGUCCGCGAAGAAUUUCUGAAAUGAUUUAGUUGACCGUAUUUUAGCAUCAUUUCUUUCAUGCGAGUCCUGAUGCCAAAGGGGGAGAAUGAAGUUCUAUUAGGUUGCUCGGGAUGUCUUAUGGGAGUUGGAAGUUCACAAGCAUCACUCUUUGAUUUCCAUCUUGUGAUUUGUGAUUACCUUUUCAAUAACUUAUUCGACCAUGUGUGGUGUUUGGCUUGCUACUCUACUUGUGAUUUUUAUGGUGCAUGGGACUGAUAUUAAUUCUUAGUUUUGUUGAUCAUGGAUCCAAAUUUUUCUUCUUUUCUUUUUUUUGCAUCCAGGAAAAGAAACUUGAGCGGCCAUCUUUUGGAAAUACAUGUUUCUAUAUGGCUAAUAUUUUGCGAUUCCGUUGGCUCAACUAGACAUAUAAACAAUUUAGCAUGGAUACAUAAACUUGUUAUCACUUAACAGAUUUAUCCAUCAUAUGGCUCAAAUGAACUUAAUGGGCAAAAAUUUCUAUUGAAAUUGAACAUCGUAUGGAAAGCCCACCAGGCAGCCAGUGCAAUGGGCGCAACCCUGAGGCAGCGCAUUGGUGCACUGUAGCUAAGUGCGCAAAGGGGCCACAUGCAGCCUCACAUGAGCACCACCCAUCGCCCAGGAGAGGCACUUAGUUUUUUAAAUAAUACUUCCGACAAACUAAAUAUAUUCAAAAAAACAAAAAACAAACAAAAAUACUUGCAGCAUAUAGAUUCAAAAGCAUGCAAACCAGUCAAUACGCGCAGAAACCAGUUGAUUUCCUCACAACAUUCUGCUUGGCAUUAUACUGCCGGUUCUCAAACCAAUUAUGUGUAUCACCAUAUUCGGUUUUCGACAUUUUGCUUGGCGAUUCUGGGUGAUACUUACUUCUAGAUAGUAGUCAGAGUUCGAUCAAAGUUGAGCAUGAUAAAUAUGACACUGGAGAGUGCAUCUGCCAUGGAUGGAUGGAUGCUUGGCUGUUUCUUCUAUCUUUCUCCUCUCUGCUCCGGCGUGAGGCCUCCCUUGCCGCAGGUGGGGCACUUCCUCAUCCCAAA